AUGCAAGCAUUCAUUAACAUGGCCACUCUCUGGUUGGACUUAUCCUUUCUCUUUGGAUCCAUAGCCUACACUGCAGGUUGCAUUGUGUUGAUACUAAAGGUUUCGUAUUUUGUCGAAGGAGUUAUCCUAUUCAUUAUCGGUUCUGCUUUUUUCAUGGUUGGACCAAUCGGAAAAACACUUGUGGAUUUGAUGAAUUUGGUUCGAUAUUACAUGUGGAAGAGGAGAAGAAGGAAAUUCACACAACUUAUUGAUGAUUAUCAAAGUGUGAAUAGAAAUCGCUUGGUUGACUAUGAAGAUUCGAAUAUUUGGGAAAGACCAAAAGAUGUACCAUCUAUUGGAAUGAUUAGUUUGGAAUUAUUUAAUGAUUUUACUCAAUUGAUUGGAGGAGUUGCAUUGACUAUUGGAUCGAGUCUAUAUAUGGUAAAACCAGAACCUUUAUAUUUAGUUUAUACUGCAGUUUCGAAUUGGUUAGGUGGCUCUUUAUUAUUCCUUUUAGUUGCAUGCAUUCAAUUUGGAAUGAAACAAUAUGAUAUUUUAAAGAACCAUUCCACCAAUCAAAAACUGUCAUGCUCAUGUUGCAUUCAUCAUUCUUUUGACAUUUCGUCCUAUGUGUUCAAUAUCAUUGCUUGUUUGCUAUUCUCAAUGGGUUCGACAUGUUUUUAUUUUGUAAAUAACAGAUCUUUAGAAAUUAGUGGUGAAGUAAUUUGGUCGAUGGGAUGUGUGUCAUGUGUCAUGGCAAUUGCAUGUAGUAGAGUUGUUUGGAUUGAGAAUUGUUUUACAAAAGCAUAA